CUUUGACAGACAAGAAGUUCAAUUUUGAAGAGCGAAAAUCUCAAUGGGAGUUAUUUUGAUUUCACUUUCGAACAUAAACACAGGAAGGAGAUCAUCACCAUUAUGGUAAUCAAGUACCUCAAGUACCUAUGUAAACUUUUUUCAUCACUAGUAUGUAAACAUACGAAGUAAAGAAUUUCAUGACGUAUAAUAUGAUUAUCAAGUUAACCUUCCCAUUUUUAUCCCUAAAAUGCAUAGAAUCAACAUUUUUUUUUUAAAUUUUAAUAAUUAAUUAUAACAAAUAUCCGAAUAGUCUGUUAAUGCAAAUUUUUUUAUCAAAAAUAUAAUAUAUUACGUCAUCAAAGUGACUAGUAUCAAAGAUUUGAAGCUUUUCGCGGCAAAUUACGGCGCAGGAGACAAGGCGGGAAAUAAACGUGCGUUUCGAACGAAUGGCGCUCGAGAUUCGAAAAUUGUGUCGGUGAUCGAAUUGGCGGCCAAGAAAGGUCAGUAUAAUUCUCAAAGAUGGGCAAGGAGGUGAACAAGAUUGAUGAUUUUGUGAAGCUAGAAAAGAUCGGAGAAGGCACCUAUGGUGUGGUCUACAAAGCACAGCACAAGACCACCGGCAGCAUUGUGGCCAUGAAGAAGAUUCGCCUGGAAACGGAGGAGGAAGGUGUGCCGAGCACUGCCAUCCGGGAGAUCUCGCUACUCAGGGAGCUGGUACACCCGAAUAUAGUCAGCCUGGAGGAUGUGCUGAUGCAGGAGAAGAAGCUGUACCUGGUGUUUGAGUUCCUAUCGAUGGACCUGAAGAAGUACAUGGAUACGCUCGGCAGCAAACAGAUGGACAAGCAGCUGGUGAAGUCGUACACCUACCAGAUCACGCAGGGUAUCCUCUUCUGCCACCAGCGUCGUAUUCUUCAUCGUGAUCUGAAGCCGCAGAACCUGCUUAUCGACCGUGAUGGUGUCAUUAAGAUCGCUGAUUUCGGUCUGGCGCGUGCCUUCGGUGUGCCCGUUAGGGUCUACACACACGAGGUGGUGACGCUGUGGUACCGCGCUCCGGAGGUUCUGUUGGGCUCUCCGCGCUACUCCUGCCCCGUGGACAUCUGGUCGAUCGGCACCAUCAUGGCAGAGAUGGUGAAGAAGCGGCCGCUGUUCCAUGGCGAUUCCGAGAUCGACCAGCUCUUUAGGAUAUUCAGGACGCUGAAGACUCCCACUGAGGAGAUCUGGCCAGGGGUCAGUGACCUGCCCGACUACAAGCCGAGCUUCCCCAACUGGACGGAGAACCAGCUGGCUGACAGCGUCAGCGGCAUCUGCCCUGAGGGCCUGGACCUGCUGCAGCAAACGCUCAUCUACGACCCUGCUAAGCGCAUCACCGCGCGUGCCAUGCUGAAGCACCCGUACUUCUCCGAUCUGGAUAAGAGCUCGCUCCCGGCGGACAACUGUUGAGAGGCGGGAGAAAGACGAAAAGAAGAAAGAAGGGGUAUGGGAAGGGUGGGGAGAAUGAGAAAAGAAGGGAUUGAGGAGUGAUGUGGAGAGGGAAGAGACAUAGAGGAAGACAUGAACGAGAAAGAUGGACUAGGAUAUUGAUCUGCUUGAAAGAUUCAGGCAGAAAGGACGUAGGAUGGAGAAAGGGAAGAGCGGGAAGGAGACAAAUAGAGUGCAGUGCCUUCGCGACUGGAUUGAGCAGCGAAACAAGGACACAGGGACCAACUGACUGUCCGAAAUCAAUAGAGAUUAAGAAUGAAUGCUGGAAGAGUGAAAUUCUUUGUUGUCUCUUGGGUGAUUCGUCCAGGAACGAUCGCUCAUUCAUGUGCCGUGCUUUCUGCCUGUGUCGUCGUUCGGUGACGAAGGUCGCGGGUUCGAAACCCUGUAUCGUCACAGUUUUCUUCCGUCUUCUGUGUACUGUACGUGUCUUAUCUUCGUGAAGCGCUGAAGUGAGUGGCUCACUCCCAUAUAUUUCGGUCGAGAUGGAUGUCUGUUGGAAUGGAAACCACUUCAGAGGUGUAUCCGCAUCGAAAAUAGCUGCUAAGCUAAGAAUGAAUGACACCCUCCUAUUUCUGCGGGGAUUGAUGUGGUGAAUGACACUAUUUCUUGGUGUUUUUCGGUCGAGAAAACGCUCUAAGAAUGAAUGGCUCGCUUUCAGUUGUGUAUUUCGGUCGAGAAUGUCACAUUUGGCGAUCGGUUGUGCUCGAAUGAACAAGUGUGUCAGGCGUGUGAGAAUGAUGAAUGGUAGACGAAUAAUGCAUGGAAAGAACAUUUUUCGUUGCUAAAAAUACAGUCAGAUUGACUCAUGUGAUGUUUGAGACGGGUUGUGUGGAAGAAGGGGGAGUUCAGGGUAGAUAAUAUAUGUGACACUGCAGAAAGAGAGUGAGAGAGAUACGACAUGCGCCCAUAUUCUGGUUCUCGUUUCUACAAAUUUGGUGUGUCUGGUAUAAAUUAGCUUUGGUCAGUACUGAAUGAACUCGCAUGUGAUACCUGCAUAAUGUAAUUAAUCGUAUUGCGCGUUCAUGAGGCUAUAUUAACAAAAAGAAAAGAAAGCCGUGGCAGCAUUCGUUCACACCAGCUAGUGUAUCAGCAUUGCUUCAUAUACCGAACUCAUGAGAAAACAAUGAACUAUAUUCCACGUUCUCACCAGGCGCUUGAAUCUAGUAAACAGGGGCACAAUAAUCACAAAUUUCCCAUCGUCAGCUGUUCUCAUCCCACCCGCCUCCCCAGUUUCCCAUGCCUGGACUCGCCUCUGCGCCCCCUGGGUAUGUCGCCUGGACGCGCCACUGCGCGCGGCGUCAUCGGCAGUCGAGCGGGGCAGGUGGGGAGCGGUGGAGAGACCGUUUCUAACCGGUGUGUUUAGUGCAGUUCCGUUGGUGAAAACUCCACGAUGGCAGGGAGAACGGGUGAUAGAAAUGCGAUUUACGUGUUGAGUGUGGUGCUAUUGAUGCUGAAAUUCGGUCAACUGGGCACAAAGCGAUUCUGUUCAUCACGUGACUUCGGCAACUACUGUGAGUGGGUGAACCGUCCAGGAGAUCCCAACACCUACCAAGCCUGCGUGUUAACUUGCUCAACAAAUGCCUGCAACACCGCCUCGGGCAGUAGGGCAGCCACGCUUCUGGUCGCCAUGGCAACGGCGCUCGGAUUGGUCGGCUGGCUGCGAGCGGCGCGGUGAUUGGUGCGUCGGUGGUGACCUGUCGUCGUGGGAUGUGAAACGUGAUUGUGUGAGUAUUCGAGGCUAGUUUUGUGUGAGAAUGGAUGCUGGAGCGGAUUUGGGAAUUGAAGGCUUGUGUGAAAUAUGAAAUUUGGCGAAUGCUGCGAAAGAGAUAACGAAAUGAGUGUGAAAGAGCGUCAUUUGUGAAGUGUAGUGAAGGUUAGGCAGAAUGUCCCUGUGCAAAACUGUUUUGCACAUACGUAUAUCGCACUUCACAUGAUCUGACUGAGGUGGUGUAAGGAACCUGUUUGUAGGUGUUUUGUACUGGCAUGCGAUUUUAAGUUAUCACGACUGCCGCCUUCAUCUAAUGCUGCUUCAAGAUCUGUGUCUUUAUAUAACGCUUUUUUUUCUAGCUACCGUUUGCGAACUGUCCUGGUUUGUUGAAGUAUAUCUUUCUGUUUCAACAUCAUUGUACAUAGGUACCUAUUGCUUUACUUUAUAGCUGAUUGCAAUAUCCACUUUUACGCCUUUUAUUGGAGAACUCGCUGCAAUAUUUUGCGUUUUUCCGUGUAUACGCCCGCUGUUGAAAUGUACUACACAUUCUACUGCUUAGCGUACUUCCACUUGGCCUCAGGCUGUCCGAUUAUUUUGCAUAGUUCGCGUAGACUGCCGUGCCCAUUACGCUUUCUACGAUAGCCCCUCAUGCUGAAUCAGCGUAGCGUUUACUCGCGCUAGGGACCAAUUAAGCGUGAUUUCUUCAACACCGUAAUAUCCUGUAUUCAACGCUCUGUUGUCAUGGAAAAUUGUUGUACGUAUUCAAACACCCGUUGUCAUGGAAAUGGGUUGUGUGUGAAAACUCGUCGUAUUGUCGGGUUCAGAAACAUGCCGUCCCUUCAGCGCUGUGCGUAUUUACGAUUUUCGCGUUAUUGGAGAGAAAUUUGUUAAAAUGUUUCAUGUAUUUGUAACGACAACCGUAUCCGUCAAAUGUAGAAAAUAUGUGAAAUUAGCCAGUAAGACGUGGUAAAGGCACUCAAUACAUGCUGCCCGCCUA